AAGAGAAGGGGGGGAGAAGCGAUCGCGAGAAAAAAAAUGCAACCUCCCAAAAUAAAGAGCAAAGAUUGCAUUAGGAGCGAACAGCGCUGCAGAAAUAGAUGGCAGCUUCGUGUCAGUGAGUUUGCAUCCCCCUUCCUGAUCCACGAGCUGGAGUGAUUAGAGCCCUGGAAGGGAAUUGUUACUCCCGUGGAGAAGUCCCCUUUUCCUGGCAGUCGUCUGCACUGUACACGCUGGAUGCCUCUCUCCCUCCACCCCACUCACUCUCUCCUCUCUCACCUCCUCUGUCCCUCGCCUGCAUUGAUUUUUUUUUUCCUUUUUAGUUGACUGAAACAAAACAAAACAAAAGGGCCACUGGAUGUCUGCCUUCUUGGGGGGUGAGCCAGACAGACUGACAAACAAACAUACCCAACUGUGUUCGGGGGAGGGUUUCGCCUCCCGUUUUGCCCGGCAGCAGCAGCAUGGACGUGUUGGCUAGUUAUAGUAUAUUCCAGGAGCUACAACUUGUCCACGACACCGGCUACUUCUCAGCUUUGCCAUCCCUGGAGGAGACCUGGCAGCAGACAUGCCUUGAAUUGGAACGCUACCUACAGACAGAGCCCAGGAGGAUCUCGGAGACUUUUGGUGAGGACUUGGACUGCUUCCUGCAUGCGUCUCCGCCCCCGUGCAUUGAGGAGAGCUUCCGGCGCUUGGACCCCCUGCUGCUCCCUGUGGAAGCUACCAUCUGUGAGAAGAGCUCAGCAGUGGACAUUCUGCUCUCUCGGGACAAGUUGCUCUCUGAGACCUGCCUCAGCCUCCAGCCAACCAGCUCUUCUCUGGACAGCUACACAGCCGUCAACCAGGCCCAGCUCAACGCAGUGACCUCAUUAACGCCCCCUUCAUCCCCUGAGCUCAGCCGCCAUCUGGUCAAAACCUCACAGACUCUCUCUGCUGUGGAUGGCACGGUGACGUUGAAACUGGUGGCCAAGAAGGCUGCACUCAGCUCUGUGAAGGUGGGAGGGGUCGCAACAGCAGCAGCGGCCGUGGCGGCAGCUGGGACUGUUAAGACUGCACAGAGCGACAGUGACCAAGGAGGUCUAGGGACAGAAACAUGCCCGGAAAACAAGAAGAGGGUUCACCGCUGUCAGUUUAACGGGUGCCGGAAAGUUUAUACAAAAAGCUCCCACUUAAAGGCCCACCAGAGGACUCACACAGGUAGUGAGAAGCCUUACAAGUGCUCAUGGGAGGGAUGUGAGUGGCGUUUCGCACGAAGCGAUGAGCUCACGAGGCACUACAGGAAACACACAGGGGCAAAGCCCUUUAAAUGCAACCACUGCGACAGGUGUUUUUCCAGGUCUGACCAUCUUGCCCUCCAUAUGAAGAGACAUAUCUAAAAAAGUCAAGUCCGGAGUUGCCAUGGCGUCAGCCAGUGUCGGAAGGAAAUGCCGUGAGCAGGGGGCUGGACUUCAGGCGGGCACCCAUUGCCUCGCAGAAGAAAGUUCUCACUUACAAACCUCUGUGUACACACACAACAUACAUCCACUCUCACAUGCAGACCCCCCAUACACACACACUGUCAUGCACUCAACUAUAUUUAAAAUAUAUACGUCUAUUCUUUAUGCCUUGCCGUAGCCAGAUGGUAGAAGAUGAAGAAGGAAACCAGGUGAACUCAGCAAGGCAGACUGGCUGCUUACUUCAGCACUAUUGGAAUUACUUCCCACUGUUGCCAAUGGAAAGCAAAGGAAGUGGAUGUGACGUCUCUGCAGGUGGACGGCAGUCCGAGGGGCUUAUUUAACUUGCUUCUCGGUGCAACUUGAUAGGAGAAUCCAGCGUCUUACAGUUGCAUAUGUGUAGCACUAAUGUUUCUUUUUAAAUAGUUGGGGGAAAAUGACCUAGAAAACCAAAUUGCAGUUUGGUAGCCAAAAUUAACUCUUGGUUUAUUUGUCCUUUGUGUGUGAAAAGUUCUACUAUUCAUGCGUCAGACUUCCUCGCAGAACUGUUGAGUGGUUUCAGUUCUUCUUAGAUUGAGAUCUUUCGCGUCGAUCCCAACGGCCUUAGCGGCAGCAGACUCUGGAAUAACACCUUAUACCUUUCCGGCCUGCAUUUCUCUAGACUUCACUCUCACAGGAGGAGUUUUUCUUUUCUUACUUUUUGACUCUUGCACACCAUAUGCACUAGGGAUUCUGGAAACUUCUAGCAUGACUGCAAAGUGGCCAAGAGAAUAAAGUCCUUGAUGAUAAAUCACAGUAUAUCCCUUGAGCCUCACCUUAUUGCCAGUGCUAGAUUUUUUCUUUUUAAUCUCUCUGUUUUUGCUAACGAAAACUUGAAAAGCUUAUUUGGAAGCUUAGAUGUUUUAUCUUUUCUCCAUGGACUAAACCUCUCCAGGACUCUCCCGUCACCUGGAUGUCCAGCUCUCAAAGCAGCCAAUCAGAUGGGACAUCACAGUUCUCUCGUCGUCCUUGAGGCAUGAUGACCUCAGCUCGUGGUGAUCAGCCACCAUGCUGUGUGUCAUCGCCACCCUGUAACCAGUUACGGCGUAGAUGUCGCUAAUGUCAGAGGGCAGCUGCGUAUUUAAUCUAACUCUGGGUUAUGACCUGACAAAAAGCCAAAAAUAUCACUCUUUCCAGGAGUGGGGAAUACUGAGGAUGCCUCCAAGUCUAGUGGCUUCACAAAACAUCACCCAAUCUUCCUCUUUCAUACCCACUGAGCUCACAUUACCCCACUUGUUACAGUACACAAUUCAGAAAUGCAUUUGUGGGAUCGAAAGGUUGACAUUUAAGGAAAGGGUUGAGGUGUUUCUCUCAUGGGCUGUGUAAAAGGAGAGACAUGUUUCUGAUUUUUUUUUUUUUAAGUUUUUUGGCUAGGCUCACUAUGACUCGUGACCUAGAACACCCAGGAUCAAGAGAGGCCUCAUAUGCACUCUGCAAGCUGACUCCACGGGGGUCUACAGUCCUUGUCAUACCACACUCACACCCAGUACUGCUCUCUACCCCCAUUCCUAGCUAGCUGGCACUGGCCUCAACUCCAAAGACUGCCUUUAGGACCAUCAAAUGGCCUAUGCAAGCAAGCGGGGUGGUUAUUAGGACAGAUUGUAUAUUUUGUAUAUUUUCUGGGACCAUCCCUUCAAGACACGUCUAAAAAACAAAAAUGGCAUUUGGUCCGCACAUGGUUGCUGCUGCUCCCACCAGCUGGCUCCCCUCCUGUCCUCCUUUGACUGUUUGACUCAUCGACUGUUAAAAUGCCACCCUAUACAUAUUUGGGAUGCAAAACUGAAGUCUUUAAAAGGAAAUAAUCAUAUAAGAAACAUAAAUACAUAUAUGACAGCAACCUUCAAGAUCUUUGGCCUUUGGGUUUUCAGCUUUGUGCAACCUUUGCUUUUCACUGAAAUGUUGAAACUACUCGUCUGAGGGUAAAGGAACCUCCUUAUCACUAAUGCUGUAGCUGCCAAUUGGAUACUUGGGGCAUUUUGAGGUCUGGCCCUAAGAAUUUUCUUUCCCUUUGUUCCUUUUUCCAAUUUAGACCAAAAAAAAAAAACAAAAAACAAAAAAAACAAACAAACAAAACAAAAACAAAAACAAAAAAAUUUAAAAACAAAAAAACAACAAAAAAAGGAAAAAUAAAAAACACCCCAAACACACACACAUACAAAAUCAGUCCAUUUGUCAGAGGCAAUUAUGUAUAUGUUAGUUGGAGGUUAUUAAAAAAAAUCCGUUUUAUUCCAAAGAUUUAAAACUAGACAUGACUUAGAAACAAUUUCUGGAGCACUGCUCACUGACAAUCUCGUAGUUCUCUACUGCAUUUGAGUGCAUUUUGUGGCCAGUCCAUCAGGGCAUACCAUGGGAUUCUAUUUGAAUGUGUGGUGCAUCCUUCCUGGAAGAAGGAUGUGUGAGGAACUUGAACCUCAGCUGUAUUAAACUGUAGCGCCUCCAGUCAGUGCACUAGAUGAAACUUUAGAUACCCCACGUUUUGUUGGUUCAUUUCUUUUCCUUUCUAUAGCAGCUUCCAGCAUGAAUGCACGCACACACCAGUGAUGGCAUUAAGCCGUGGCUGCAGGAUUUGCAAAUGUUCUCUCCCAAGCUGGAGCUGCUCUUGCCUCUCGAAAUGCUAUUAUUAAGGGUUUAUAAUACUUAAUUUAAUUUUUGAACUGACCAAUGCAAGGCUCUAUUAAAAAGAACGUUAAAAAAUGCAAAAGAGUAAUCAUUGCUUGUUUGCUCCCUAUUGUCAUCUGUGGUCUCAUUUGAAUGUGGCAGAACAAAGACCCUUUGGUCCUCAUCUGUGUCCGAAAUGUUUGGUAAUUUCUCUACCUUUUAUGUCAGUGAAGUCCUUUGUAAUCUGCUCCUGACUUUCCUCAGAGCAGGGUGCACUGAAGCUCCGUGGUGGUGCUUGCUGGCUUCGGAGUCAUUCAUUGACUGCGAAUUGGCCUAAGAAUUUGGUGGGUGCUAAGUGGAUGGCUUUGAAACUGUUCUUCUUUAGCCCAGCUGACACCUGUGAAUGAUGACCAGUCCUAUCCUUGGGGUGGGCGUAGCCUCAAUCAUUUUGGAAAUAGAUUUGUGAUAACAUGUCCAUCACCUCUGAAAUGGAAGAGAUGGUUGGUAAGAGCCUCUAGAGGGAACAGGUUUUCCAAGAAAUAACUUGAAGGCAUUUUGCUCCCAAGAGGCCUGGUUCUUUUAAAAAGUGCUUUAAUGGACAUUUGGCUCACAUGAAACCCCUUUCUCAUCUAAGUUGUUACCUCCUAACAUUCCUGGGAUCUCAAAUUUGAAAGAACAAUCUGGUCUGGUGUUUCCUGUGGUUGUGCUCACAAGUACGCCUUGUCCAGGGUUCACAGUUAGGUGUGUAGAAAAAGAGUUUCUAAGCCAGGGACCAUUUUCUUUAAUUCAAGUUAUGCUUCUUUCUCCUACCACAUGGCUGUACAUCAGAGACCUGGAAACCUGAAGUCAUAAUGCUGCUCCUAGUCACUGGCCUCCUGCCCACUAACGGAUACUUGGCCCAGCUUAUUGCCUGGUGGUGAUGAGUAUUAUGUCCAGAAAAAAGAGAUGUUCUGAUUCCAUGACAAAGCUGCAUUUUGUAAAAAUACCGACAACCCCCAAAUGAGAUUCAUGCUGACCGGUUCCUCCUCUCUGUGCUUUCCCUGGCCAAGUCCUACGAAUACUCCCUUCUCUCAAGGCCAUCUCCUCCCCACCUGCACCUCUUGUGCCCUUUUUGCAUCUUCGAUUGCCUGAUUAUAACAGGGUAAAAAGACAGCCAACCUCAUGUGUGAUUAGCAGAACUGAUUCCUAGCAUUAAAAAAUCUUCUCUGAAGCCUUCAGAGAAGAUUUUAAGGACUUUAGUUUGGGAUAAACUUUCCAGAUUAUUAUGUCUGUUUGCAUCAAAGGAGAAAUAAAUGGCGCUUUUGGGUGGCUCUCCUAGUUCACUCAGAAACAUUCUGCCUCCACUCCUGCAUUUUAGGGCAAAGCCAAAAGGAAAAAAACAAACAAACAAAAAAAACUCAAAUUGUAGGAAAAAAACCUGAUGUUUAGUUCAGAGUGAUUUCCUCGAUGGAAGUCACUUUGUAAAAUGCAUAGUGGGAAGUGCUUUUGUCUUCUCUUGCAUGAGUUGUCUUUAAGAGAAGAAAAAAAAAUAGGGAAGAGUCAAAGAGCUCCAACACAUCUAACUGCAGAAACCAGGUCUGUUGUUCCUUCUUAAAAAAAAAAAGAGAGAGAGAAAUCUUACCAGGAGCAAUUUUGCACCCAGAACAUUGCCAAAGUGAACAUUCAGUAAGUAGAACCUGGUUGAAAUUCACUCAUGGAAGCUUUUCCUUGCAUUUUCUGGAAGUGGCCACCUGCCAAGUGCAGGAGUGGGGGAGAGAUAAGGGAGGACUCAAUUCUGGGUGUCUGGAUUGAUCAGUAAACAUGGUGAUAUCUCCGUUUGAAAACUAGAGGGCCUAUUCUGAGUAUACAUCAAUGCCUCUUCGAUGGCCUACUUUCCUCAAUGAGGGUCUUUGGGGAUACUUGAGAUGGAACAACAGAAAUGUGUCAAAGGAAGAAAAAGUGCUUGUAAAUGACGUGACAGCCUGUGACUGACUUCCCUAGGUGUCAGGGUUUUCUCUUGCUUUUAACACUCUUAAAUCUCCUCUGGUGGCUCCUAAUAGAUCCCAGAAAGGGGACAGCUGAAGCUGCAAUUUAACUCUCUUACGUGCACCUUCCCAUAUAGUACUGUACUCUUCAGGUGUUUUGCGUUUCUGUGAAAGUCCUCGGGGGAAACAGGUAUCAAAGAUGGAGAGAGAAAUCCUGGGCCAUCACUUCACAAAUAUCCCAAACAAGAUGCUCUUUUCACACAGGGCUCCCUCUCAGUGGUCAGGAGGGAAGGUUGAUAAGUUCUUUCUUGGGGACUGUUUAUACAAUUUUUUUUUCAACUGUGAGCUUUGGAAUCAUAAAUUGCUUUGACUCCAGCUUCUGUCUACUGCCAUACAAUGGACCCCGCGUCAGAAUAAUGAGGGUGGUUUGUAUGCACACACCUUAGACAGGUGUGCACACGCACCUGUUGGACCUUCGCAGAAGGAAAACAGGCUACUGACGUUUCAGAGGAGUAGCCACCAGUGCCUAAUACCUUUUUGGGGGGAUGGAUGCUUAUAAUCGCCAGUAUAUCGAAACCACACUGGGGAGUUCCACAAUGAGGGGAGGGGCUUUGGGUGGGGAGAGGGGACAUUUUAAUCCUAGGCCUUUGGACGGGAGGCAGAAUGAUUUCUGCACACCUAGGUCCUAAGGGCUUCUGGGCUCAUUGGCUGGUUCUCAACCUUUUUUUUUUUUCUUCCCAGCAUGCAUUUCCUAUCUACACACAGAUUUAAUUUAAUUUUCUUAUCUUUCACUUCUCCUUCAUUCCAGGGAGGAAAAAUACACCUGUUAUGGCCAAGAUCUCCUUGCUAACACACAGAGGCAAAAAUAAAUGUUUAAUGCUUUUGAAGCCUCCCCUUUCCUUUCUACAACCCCUCCCCACACUCCUUCUCCCACUUCCUCCGUCCAUCGUACAACUUCCCGACCACCGUGACUUUUCUUUCAAAUCUUUAUUAUCCUCUUCACAGUUGCUUGAAGAAAUUUAUUUUUGCACUAUACAUUUUCUUUUUGCCAGAUGUGUCUAACAAGUGUGUUUGGAGAGACCUACUCCCAGCCCCUUCCCUCCCCCACCUCCCCCCCGUCACAUUCUCUCAGGCCUUCUCUGGUAUUUAUAAUAUAUCACAGAAGUACCCAGUCUUAUAGCCCUCGGUUAUGCCUUUUUUUGACAUUUUAUUUUUUUUAAGCUUUUUAUAUAUAUAUAUAAAUAUAUUACUUUGUCAAGUUUUUUUGCUGUACAAAAGUCUUAAGAUUUAAAACUAUUAUUUGUAUUAUAUGAUGGUGGUAUGUUAAUGUUACAAAAUUAUUAAUGAAGAAAAAAUUUAUUUUUGUUACUGGUCUGUUUCAUAAUUCUUUUUUAAAUUGGUAUAUUGUAAGAUAUCUAUGCAAAAAAUGUUAUGUGACGCAUUUUUAUUUAAGAAUGUAAUAUGUGUAAUAAACAGUAGAAUGUG